ACUCCUCCUCUAUUGCUUUGAAAACCAUACUGCCUUUUUCUGAUAAUAGAACUAAACAGAGGAACUCAGAUCUUGAGGAUGAAAUUCCUCUAAUUGACAAUGAAAUGAGUUUAAUUGAAGAUUCCUCCUCACUUUCAUCAAGAAAUAGAAGACAAUUUGGCUCUUCUGGAAACAAUACUUAUUCUUUUAUUGGAGGCAAGAAUGCACAAAAAGCACGAACAAUUUCUUUUCAUGCUUCUGGAUAUCUUAUCACAUACUUUGGUCCUUUAUGCUUUGUAAUUUUAAUUACAAUGGGCAAAGAAGCAUAUGAUGAUUGGAUAAGAUAUAAAAGAGAUUGUGAAAACAAUUCACAAAAAUAUGAGAUAUUAACAAGAGAUGGCAUUAAAAUAGUACCUAGUUCCAAGAUAAAAGUUGGUGACUUGGUUGUUGUUCAUAAAGAUCAAAGAGUUCCUGCUGAUUUAUUAUUGUUAAGAACAACAGAGACAAAUGGUGCUUGUUUUAUUAGAACUGAUCAAUUAGAUGUACCUUUUUGUCAAAAAUUGCCAUCAGAUAAUAGUCUUUUACAAAUUGAUGCUGAUAUUUAUGCUGAUAUUCCUCAAAAAGAUAUUCAUAAAUUUGUUGGUAAUUUUUUAAAACAAGGCAUGAACAAUGUGACAUCACAAGUCGAAGCCUUAAGUGUUGAGAAUACUUUAUGGAUGAAUACAGUGUUGGCAUCAGGUACUGCUAUUGGAUUUGUAAUAUAUACAGGAAAAGAUACUAGAGCUGUCAUGAACACAAGUCAUCCAAAGACUAAAAUUGGUUUAUUAGAUCAAGAAAUUAAUCAACUAUCCAAGGAAUUAAUAAGUAAUCCAAAUUGUAAUUUAGAUCCUUUUUCUUGUGACUUUGUUGUUAUCUUUUAUGCUUAUUGCAUUGAACAAUUUUCAAGAUUUAGUAUUGACACUUGUUACAAUGAUUGUAGUCUUCGUGUCAAUUUAGAUAUGGGUAAAAGUGUUUAUGCACAUCAAAUAAUGCAUGAUGAUGAAAUACCAUUUACAAUAGUUAGAACCAGCACAAUACCUGAAGAAUUUGGUAGAAUUAAUUAUCUUUUAUCAGACAAAACUGGAACCUUGACUAAAAAUGAUAUGGAAUUGAAAAAACUUCAUAUGGAUAAAACACAGUCAAGAGGAGCAACUCAUGCUUCUGUAUCACUUCAAACAACAAUUUUAGUUGGGAAAAGUAAAAGAGAUAUGACAUUUAGAGUUAAAGAUAUUAUUCUUGCACUUGCUUUAUGUCAUAAUGUCACACCUGUAGUUGAUGCUGAUAAUCUAGUCACUUAUCAGGCUUCAUCACCUGAUGAAGUUGCAAUUGUUAAAUGGACUGAAAGCAUUGGUUUAGCUUUGAUUUUUCGUGACAUUAAUGAAAUGCAUCUUCGUACACCUCAUGGAAACAUUCUUGAAUUCAAGAUUCUUCAAAUAUUCCCAUUCACCAGUGAAAACAAACGGAUGGGAAUUAUUGUUCAAGAUAAACAAAAUGAAGAAAUUAUAUUUUAUGAAAAAGGUGCAGAUGUAGUAAUGAGCAAUAUUGUUCAAUAUAAUGAUUGGUUGGAUGAAGAAUGUGGAAACUUUGCAAGAGAAGGUCUAAGAACUUUAGUUAUAGCAUGUAAAAAGAUAUCAGAAGAUGUUUAUAAUAAUUUUCAAGAAAGGUUUCAUGAAGCUAAGAUAAGUUUGAUGAACUGUAAAGCUCAGCAAGAAAAAAUUAUUUCAUCAAUUCUAGAGCAUGACUUGGAACUUUUGGGAUUGACUGGUGUUGAAGACAAACUUCAAGAUGGUGUUAAAACUACAUUAGAAUUACUUCGAAAUGCAGGUCUUAAAAUCUGGAUGUUAACAGUAAGGUCACCAGAUGAAGCAUUAGAGGAAUUAAAUCAUUUGCAAAGUAAAGGAGAUUGUUGUUUGCUUUACAUUGAUUACUAUAACAAUGAAUUUAUUAAACUGGCAAUCAGAUUGCCAGUUGUUGUUGCUUACAUUACUAGGCUCAUUAAAAAAUUUACUAAUAAGAGAGUUUGUUGCAUAGGUGAUGGUGGUAAUGAUGUUAGCAUGAUCCAAGCAGCUGACCUUGGUGUUGGCAUUGUAGGAAAAGAAGGAAAACAAGCUUCUUUAGCAGCUGAUGUUUCAAUAACUCAAUUUAGCUAUUUAACAAAAUUAUUACUUUGGCAUGGAAGAAAUAGUUAUAAAUGCUCAGCAAAACUUUCUCAAUUUGUUAUUCACCGAGGUCUUAUAAUAUCAGUUAUGCAAGCAGUAUUUUCUUCUAUUUUUUACUAUGCACCAAUUGCUUUAUAUCAAGGUGUAUUAAUGGUUGGAUACUCUACUAUUUAUACAAUGGCACCAGUUUUUUCAUUAGUAUUAGAUAAAGAUGUGAGUGAAGACAUAGCAUUACAAUUUCCAGAAUUGUAUAAAGACUUAACAAAG